AUGAUUGUUUGCCUGCAGAAUGGACUCAAGAAAAGAAAGCAGAGGGAAGAGGAGUCGGAUUCUGAUUCAGAAUCUGAAUCUGAACCAAGAGCGAAGAAUCAUUGCCUGCAGAAGGAGAAGAAAAAGAAAGAAACAAAAACAACUCCAAAAGAAACACCACAAAAAAAGAAAAAAGUAGUUGUGGAGGAUUCACCUCCUGAAGAAGAUCAAUACUUUGACGGUGAGACAUAUGAAAUAUCGAGUGACGAACUCGAUGAAUGGCUAGGGGAAAACGUUCGUAAAUCUGCUGCAGAGGGGGACAACCAGCCUGACCUGGGAUCGACAGAAGAUCGCUAUGUGUCCUCUGAAACACUACCGGCUGUCAACUUGGGAAGUGAUGAUACUUCCUCUCAAAGACGCACAGAACAGAGUAGUGUAACCCUGCCGUCUCAGAGCAUGUUGACUCCGGACGAUUCGAAUAUGAUGGUUGUUAGGGAACAACGCCGUCGGAAGCGCUUGCAAUGUGAGAUAUGCAAGAAUAUUUCAACCUUAUAA